AUGCGUUGGCUGUCGCCCAACCUUUUUUACGCAUUUACCGUUGUUGUCAUUGCAUUUGGGUCGAUUCCAAAAGGCUAUGAUGAAGGCGGCUUCGCUUCAGCGUCGGGGCUCAGGUCCUUUUUGACGGACUUCGGCCUUACAAGAGGACGGUGGACUGGCGAUCCAUCUCAGUUAGCUACUCGGCGAGCUGUUGUCUCAUCCUUGGGAGUUCUUGGUGCAGCCAUCGGAGCCGGUAUGGCCAUAUACGUCACCGAUGUGAUUGGUCGACUUCGCACCUGGCAGCUCUUCACGCUUCUGUGGAUGACGGGUUUCUUUACUGUCACCUUUGCUUCGGGAAACGUUGGCGUGCUCCUGUUUGCGAGGAUCUGGGGGGGUAUUGGCGCCGGCGGCCUGACCGUCGUCGCACCGUUGUACUUGUCAGAGAUUGCAAAGGCAAAAAACAGAGGCAUGAUUGUGUCAGUAUACAUGGUUGUUUUAUUAACAACAUUGAUGCUGGGGUUCUUCAUUAGUUACGCCGCCCGCAGGACGAUGGCAUCAAAUCGAGAGCAGUACCGAGUUGUUCUUGCUGUGCCCCAGAUUCCCGUUGGGAUUGCACUUUUCUGCUCACUCUUUUUGCAUGAUACACCCCGCUGGCUUGCCUCCAAGAACCGGCAUGACGAGGCCCUCAUUGUCCUGGCCAGGUUGCGCAACAAGUCGAUGGAAGAUCCUGAGAUACAGAGUGAAUACCGCGAAAUGCAGCAAGAAGUGGUGAGCAAGAAUCUCAUUCUUGCCGACACGUCGACUUGGACCAUCAUCAAGGAGGUCGCUACAGUACCCUCUUAUCGCAAUCGAUUCCUGCUCGGCCUCGCGAUGCAAACGUUUGCGCAAUGGAGCGGUGGCAAUGGCAUCACUUACUACAUUCCCGAAAUUUUCCGUCUGGCCGGUAUCACAACCAAUCGCGCGCUGAUCAACGCAGGUGGAUAUGGCGCUACGAAACUCGUCUUUACCAUGGUGUUCACAUGGGGAUUGAUAGAUUACUUCGGCCGCCGACGUUGCUUCAUGACUGGCUUAGCCAUGCAAUGCGCAACACACAUCUACAUGGCCAUAUACAUGGCAAUCUGGCGCCGUAGCGAUAACCAAUCUGCCUCCACCGCAGCCAUCGCGUCUGUGUUUGUCUAUGCCAUCGGCUGGUCUAUUGGCCUCUGUACAGUUCAGUACCUCUACGGGACAGAAAUCCUACCGACGCGUGUCCGGGGAGUGUGCUAUUCGGUGAAUAUGAUGGUUCACUGGCUAUUUCAAUUCGCUGUUGUGCGAACCACGCCCCCAAUGUUUAGAAACCUCGACGUCUGGGGAGCUUAUGUAUUUUGGGCACUCGUUUGUUUCAUUGGCUUGAUCGUGCUCGGCAUAUGGGCACCUGAGACAAAGGGAGUGCCAUUGGAGAGGAUGGGCGAAUUAUUUGAAGGCCCGUGGUACAAGACGUGGAAGGCCAAGGUCAAUAUGAACGGUGACGGGGAGUCGUUGCACUUGCAAACCAGUCGGGACUCGGUAGUUCACCAGCAUGAGAACCGGAAUAAGGCACCAGUGGAUUGA